UACGUGUGCGGCGCGUGGUGGUAAUGUGAUGUGUGUUAUCAGUAUAUUCGGAUGACUUUUCGGUGAAUCAUUCCGUGGAUCGGAUGAUCGAAGUGACGUGCAUAAAGCCGAUAAAGUGCCGUUGAGAUAAACCGAAAACGACUUCCAAAAACCUUGAAACCUCGAACGGGCGAAACAACGCUGCACAUUGCAAAAGGAUGUUCAAAGCAGUUUUUUGUACUGUAAAUUAAGAAGACAUUAUCCAGCAUGUGGUUAAUGUGGCGCGCCUGAAAAACGCCUAACCGAAAGAAGCCGUACACAUGUUCAGGUGUGGAGUGCGCACGGGCGUAUGGGUGCUUCACGUGCUUAUCUGCAUGAGUCGUGAUUGGUGGAAAUGAGUCACAUUUGCACGAGUGUGUAUGGGGAUAUUUUAUGAAUACACCUGUUUCCGCUUUCAGCCGGUGCCUACUACGAUUGUUACAACACUCCGUCUAGAAAGCUCUAUGGGCAUGGCUUUCGGAACAAACUGACCCCAACGAUAAACGAAGGACGCUAGCCAAAUAAAAGAUUUGCACAAAACAAAAACUGUGCGGUACAGUUGAAAAGUUAACUAUUGAAGGCCUAGUUAACGAGAGGGGUCUCACAAUCAAUCACGGGUCAGCAUAUUCGAACGUUAGUAUCACGCACAAAAUGGUCAACACGCCGUACAUAAUCAAUGAAAUUUAUGACAUUCUUCAGAAGUCCUCUCCGUUCGAAUUGACAUUGGAAGCGUUGUUGGCAUUGGGUGUGAUAUGGAUAGUGUUCUACAAACGUACGACGAAGAAGUUACCAACGUCCGACGAAGACAUUCUUGCACGAUGGACACCGGAACCGCUUGUGGCCGAAGUGCCACAGGAUCAUCCAGCACUGAAAACGAAAGUCGUCAACGGACCAGUCGGUAAAAUGGUGAACGUAAAUGGCAAGGAAUGCAUCAACAUGGCUACACACAAUUAUCUCGGCCUAGCGGAGGACGAAGACAUUAAGCAGGCAGCGAUAAAGAGUUUGCGAAAGUACGGCGUUGGUUCAUGUGGCCCACGUGGUUUCUACGGUACGGUGGACGUGCAUCUGGAAUUGGAAGAACGGCUGGCGAAAUUUAUGCAGGCAGAGGAAGCUGUAGUUUAUUCGUAUGCGUUUUCUACGAUAGCCAGCGCCAUUCCGGCCUAUUCCAAGCGGGGAGAUUUGAUCUUUGUCGAUGAGUGUGUGAAUUUCGCCAUUCAAAAGGGACUGGACGCUUCGCGAAGUAAGAUUUUCUACUUUAAGCACAACGACAUGGACGAUUUGGAGCAAUUGCUGCAGAAGCAACAGUCCGAAGAUAGGCGCAAUCCGGCAAAGGCUAAAAAGACGCGCCGCUUUCUGGUAGCCGAAGCAAUCUACAUGAAUACGGGUGAAGUUUGUCCGCUGGCCCGGCUGGUGGAACUGCGGGCCCGUUACAAGCUACGCUUUUUCUUGGACGAAAGCAUAUCUUUCGGUGUGCUGGGUGCAUGCGGACGUGGGCUGAUAGAGCAUUGCAAUGUGGAUAAAACGGAGGUUGAUCUGGUAUCGGCCGGGCUUGAAUGGUCUGCCGCCACGAUCGGUGGUUUUUGCGCCGGUUCAUCAUUCAUCGUCGAACAUCAACGGCUUUCGGGUUUGGGAUAUUGUUUUUCAGCCUCGCUACCACCCUUGCUCGCACAGGCAGCCAUCAGUGCGCUGGAUCGGUUUGAAAGCAACCCACGAAUAUUCGCUGAACUCCGAGAACGCUGUCGAACGGUUUCAGAAAAACUUCCUCAACUGAAGCACUUCCAAUCGAGAGGUGAUCCUUUGUCGCCCGUGAAGCAUUUAUAUCUGAAGCAUGAGCAUGAAUGUUGGGCACAUGAAAAAAUGCUUCUGGACGAGAUUUCUACUGAGUGCAUAGACAAUGGAUUGGCUGUUGUUGCGGCCGAAUAUCUGGAAAACAUGGAGAAGCAUUGCCCGAGGCCUAGCAUUCGAUUAACGGUAAAUCGUUUGCUAACAGAUAAGGAAAUAGACGAUGCUUUCCGAAUCUUGGAGCAUGUUUCGGAGAAAGUUCUGGCCAGUGCGGGUUAAGAUAAGCUUUGUAAGAUACUCCCACAGGAUCAUGCUAUCGGUGACUUAAGCACAUACAUACACCAAGACACACAUACACACAGAAACACACAUAUGCUAUUUAUCUACUCAAGCGCCCGGAUCAAUAUCACUGUUUGAGGGCAAGGAAACCAUCGAACGGAUUCCAAUCAACUCUUAUUAUAAACGGUACCGCGUACGCAGAUAGAGCAGAUCGGCACGUUUCGAGUCGUUUAGUAGCUUCUGCUCAGACACCUCCUAAAAACACAAAGUAACUUGUUUGGUGCAUGAUAUAGGGUUUUAAAAUUCCUACUUAUUCCAUGCUAUAAGGAAAUAUACACACAUGUUUCACUAAACGAACGCAUACUUUAAUUAGUAACUGGCACAACCAACACUACCAACUAGGAAAUAGAAAUCGCCACUGCUGUAUGGAACAAAUCGUGUGAGUGUGUGUGUGCUCCGCAUGGUUUAAGCAUAGUAUCGUAUGGUUUAAGUCUGUACAUUAGUCAUAUUACGUUCCAUACACUAUUUCCGAUAGUAAACGGAAAAGGUUGAUCCUUUAGUUAAACUUUGUUUUUGUAUAAACAUUCUCACGAACAAAUGCACUUUUUUACUAUAACAACGUGGUAUGUAUAAUUGUUUUGCUUUUCGAUACUGUUAUUUUUUUCAACCAUUACUAUCAUUGGCCAGCAUUUCUUAGAUAAGAGCUUAUUGUUGAUGGGCGUAGAAGGCUUGCAAUUGGAUGUAACUAAUUACGUUUAUAAACCGACGCGUUUGUAUGUAAAUGUACAAAAACAGAUUAAAAACACAGCACCAGUAUCUUUGAUAGCGUGUAGAUUUGGUUUAGGUUUGUAAGAGAUUGCGUGUUCGUAUCGUGUUAAGGUGAACUAGAAUAAGGUGGACGAGCGACGGGACUAUUACACCCCGGAAACAUUAGAACAAGAUCGCUGGAAAGGAACGGAGCAAGUAUUAGUAAACGAACCGUACCGGAAAAGUACAUCUAAACUGUGGUGCAUUACAGAGACGACACAUUCAGAGUCAAAAUGCAACCGUGUGCAACCGAAACAGAUGAGCCUGUUCCGGUACGGUCAAAUGCUAGGGCCUUAAGCUUCAGAAGCAAAAUGCUUGAAGUUAUGUAAUAACGAAAUUCGUGUGGCGAGAUAUGGGCUAUUUAUGAGUCAUUUUUUGUAUCAUUAUUUUUUGUUAUGUCCCAACUCUUAGCAAACAAUAAUUGUCCUAUCUUCUUCUGUAUGCAAUGCAACAAUGAUUCACAAUUUCUAUUUUAUACUGCCGCGUUUGGUGAGAAACUGAUUGGCUGUGUGCCGUUUUGAAGGUGGGCAGGUAUAUGACUUUUUCGCGUUUGGCCAACCACAGAUGAUCAAUAGCGGAGCAAAAUAAAAUACGCUUUACGAAUGAAACAUACUUAAGAGUGCUUUAAACAGAUAAGCUUUUACGGAUGAUAAACUCUGUUAUGAGAUUUUUCGUAGAUACCGGAAUAAACGCGGGAAAUUUGAAACACCA